AUGGACAUCGACAGAAGCGACGGGCCCACGGUGACGAUCCGGGAGCUGGACCGCGACCACGUCAACUUCAUCCUCAAGGACGUGGACCUCGCGAUGGCCAACUCGCUUCGCCGGACGAUGCUCGCCGAGGUGCCGACGCUCGCCAUCGACUUGGUCGAGAUCGACGUCAACACCCUGGUGUUGGCCGACGAGUUCUUGAGUCACCGGUUGGGGAUGAUCCCCCUUUCCUCCGAGGGGAUCUCCGACCUCUCCUACCUGCGUGAUUGCACCUGUGACAACUACUGUGCCAAGUGCCUGGUGAGACUCGAGUUGGCGGCGAAAUGCGACCUGGACUCGACGAUGAACGUGUACGCGCUGGACCUUGCCAAGUUCAGCAACGGGCUCAAGCUUGGCGACCCCGUGAUCCGCGAUCCCCACCGCCGGGGGCCGUUGAUUUGCAAGUUGCGCAAGCACCAAGAGUUGCGCAUCACCUGUAUCGCCAAGAAGGGGAUCGCCAAAGAACACGCCAAGUGGUCGCCGUGCGCCGCCAUUGGCUUUGAAUACGACCCGUGGAACAAGUUGAAACACACCGACUACUGGUACGAAGUCGACGCCGACGAAGAGUGGCCGCGGCUGGAAAACUGCGAGUGGGAAGAGGCGCCCAACCCCGACGCCCCCUUCGACUACAAGGCGGUGCCCCAGAACUUCUACAUGGACGUGGAGACGGUCGGGGUGUUGCCCCCUGACGAAGUGUUCCUCAAGGCGAUUGAGGUGUUGCAGAUGAAGCUCGCCGGCAUCAGUGUCGAGCUCAACAAGGACCUGGUCGAGGCCAACGACGCCGCCAACCACGGCGGGUUCACCACCUACGGCGGGCCCCAGGAACAGGAAGGCGACGCCGGCGGGUUUGGCGGCUCUCUGUGGUAA